UCCUAUUUCUCACAGUCACCUCUGACUCUUAAAAACUCUUCUGUCUGCCAGCACAAAACAACAGAGGAAACAUCAAAAAGACUGUGUUACAAGACAAAAACAAAGGAAACAAUGGCAAAGACGGUGGCAGUAAUUGGAGCUGGGGUCAGUGGAUUGAUCUCUCUGAAGUGCUGUGUGGACGAGGGACUCGAACCCACUUGCUUUGAGAGGACUGAAGACAUCGGAGGGCUGUGGAGGUUCAAAGAAAGUGUGGAAGAUGGCCGAGCCAGUAUCUACAAAUCUGUCAUCACCAACACCAGCAAAGAAAUGUCCUGCUUCAGCGACUUUCCAAUGCCUGAAGAUUUUCCAAACUUCCUGCACAACUCAAAACUUUUGGAAUAUUUCAGAAUUUUUGCCAAGAAGUUUGAUCUUCUAAGAUAUAUUCAGUUUCAGGUAUUCGUCCUCACCGGUCAGAGCCAACCCUGUGAACAGUAGAUUAACCAAAAGUAA